AUGGCUUUCCGGAAACGCAAUGUCGUCGUUGGUAAGCCACCAGUCGCCUCGCCGUCUAGUGAGAGUCCAGCGCCUCUAGGCGUUCGACCUUCGCCAUUGACUUCUCACUCCACCACAUCAACCGGCACUCCCUCCUUCGAUAGCCUGCUCGGCGGGCAUGGAGGUCUCGCACUCGGUUACAGUCUGCUCGUAUCAGAGAGUGGCACGACAGACUUCUCGGGCACUUUGCUUCGAUACUUCGCUGCGGAAGGCAUCUGUCAAGAGCACCACGUACAUAUUGUGGGGGCCGGCGAAGGAUGGGUGAAAGAACUUCCAGGCGUGGCAGAGGAGAGAAGUCGAGACAAAGCUGCGGGAAAGAGUGCCUCCGAUGAGGAGAAGAUGAAGAUUGCGUGGAGGUACGAGAGGUUGGGACAAGCGGGAGAAAGAGCUCUUCCUGAUCGAAUCGCAGCACCAGCGGCAGACGGUGUCCCAGUACCUUCGCCCUUUUGCCACACGUUUGACCUCACCAAGCGACUGGCAGUACCUACCGGCGCCAAAGUCAAUCACAUCCCGAUAUCCUUGACAUCAACAUUCGAGAACAUCCUCCAAUCUCUCGCGAAAAGCCUUGCUGCCACUCCUCCAACUAGCAUUCAUCGACUAGUCGUUCCUUCUCUCCUCAGUCCAGCACUCUACCCUCCAAACGCCAGCCAACCCGACCAAGUGCUAGGCUUCUUUCGCUCGCUACGAGCGCUGCUACGACAGCACCACAAUCGCCUAGUCGCCAUGAUAACCCUACCACUGGAGCUCUACCCUCGCCACUCCGGCCUGGUUCGAUGGAUGGAGAUCCUCAGCGAUGGUGUCAUCGAGCUCACGCCGUUCCCGCAUCUCAUGGAUUCAUCCAGUGCUCUCGCGGAAAGUGGUGGUGCACGUGGUAACGAUGAGCAACCGCAAGGCAUGGUCAAGGUGCACAAGCUGCCCAUCAACACCGAGCGAGGAGAAGGCGGAGCAGGAGCCGGUAACAGUCUCGGCGAAGACCUGGCGUUUACAGUCAGCAGGCGGAAGUUUGUGAUCAAGCCAUUCUCGCUGCCGCCGUUGGAGGGCGAUCAGGAUGCCCAGAAGGAGGGAGGAAAGCUUACAAGUAAGGAUGUAGAAUUUUGA